AUGGCCUUCUUGCUAGCGAGCACCCUCUCCAGCAUCAUCUCUUUUGAAACGUGUCGGAACUAUUGGCUUCCAAAUCCGUUUCGAUACGUUGUCAUUGUGGUUUGCCUCGCUCUGGCUGCCGUGUAUCUCAACCGUGUUCUUUGGGCUGACAUUCGCGGCUGGCUUUCCCGCAUGGUGUCAGAGAAGCAUGUUUGUCAGGAAUCGGCCACGCAGCGUCACAAUGGACUUGCAACAGAUUAUUCCACUCAAGGCAUGCGUACAGACCUAUUCUAUGAUCCUUUGGAGGAAGGUCAGAUCAGGCUGCUUAGAUUUGUGCAUGAUGUGGACCACUGUGACGACACUCUGAGAUUGGAACUAUUUCAUGCAAAGCUAAGCCAACGACCGGAAUAUGCGGCCCUGUCAUAUUCUUGGGGAAAGGCUGAGAGCACCAACACCCCCAUGAUAUUAGUAAAUAACCAUGCUUGUCCUGUUUCGCACAAUCUUGCCGAUGCCCUCCAGAAGAUGAAAGAGAAUCACGUUUUCACGCUUUGGGUGGACGCGAUAUGCAUCAACCAAAAUAGUGCCACCGAAAAGAGUAAGGAGGUCACUAGGAUGUUUGCGAUUUAUCGGAUGGCACACACGGUCGCCAUCUGGUUAGGACCUGAUACAGGUCCCCGACAUGAUAUCGAGACGCUCAUUCGGAUGACAGAGGAAUUUGAAAAGCCCUCCGAUAAGCAUCAAGGUUUGACCCAUUCCUUGCCGGAGAAUUUGGACGCUCUCGAGCGCCUCUUGUCACAGCCGUACUGGAGCCGUGUCUGGAUCAUACAAGAAGUCGCCGCAGCCAGACAGGCACGUGUAUUUUGGGGAUCAUACGUGUUUGAACUCCGAACACUGGAAACCUUAGUCAGGGAGAAUGCCCACUGGAUCGAGGAACGUGAUCAUCUGCAUGGCCUGGCCCAGAGAGUAUUAGAUGUGCGCGCGGCUUGCCGGGCGCAACAGAAGCCGAGACUGGUGGACAUUUUGGCCAUGACCAGUGCCUCGGAAACCAGCUUUUUGAGAGACAAGGUCUAUGGUCUGCUCGGUUUGGCAUCUGACUGGGCCGACUUUAUUCAAGAGCCCAAUUACUCAAGAGGGGUGUCCGAAAACCAGCUGUGCUUGGAGAUGACGGCCAACUAUAUGAACUGGUAUACUUCAGCCGACAUCAUCUUUCUCCGAAGCACAAGUCUUUCCCAAAGAACGUUGCCAUCAUGGUGCCCGGAUUACUUCCACUUCGAGGUGCACCCAUUUGACAGAAACCUGGUCCCUUAUGUUUGCGGGAGGGAUGUCAAUCUCGGUUGGGAGAAGCGGCGAGCGUUUGGAGCGUCGGCUAGAAUGAAUGAAGUCAUUCCCGACACCUUUCGUAUCUCUGGUGACAGGCUUACUUUGAAGGGGACGUGCAUUGGUGCCAUUUCAGCCCUGGGCUGCACGCUGGGCGAGGACGGUGACACAUGCCGGUUUCACAAUGAAGAUUCGCUAUCAACGAACACUGUUCCUGAUGUCGGCAAAGUGUUUCGUCGACUGCUGCUGAUCUGUCAUAACGAAGCGUUUGCACAUAUGUCGGGAUCAGACUUUUUCACACUCCUCUACACACUGCCUGAAAAGGUCUUUGCUCAUAUGCGAUGCAUGGCGGUCCAAGAGUGGCUCCGCCUCAAUAAAAGAUUUUUCGAGGUCUUUGGCGUUAAGUUGUCGCCAUCUGCCGAAGCUCAGGGAAUUCCUGUUAAGAUAGUGCGGGGGCUAGACAAGUUCACCAUCCGACCGGAAUGGCGAGAAUAUUUUUCCCUGAGCGAUGGCAACACAGUUAACCGAAGACGCGAUCACCCUUUAGAAUCCAUUCUAAAGUCGAUGAACUCGAUCAUCGACGAGCGCCUUCGACUGAUCGGUAUCGGCGACCAAGGGCUUUUAGGGUGGGCGCAUCGAGAUGCCGCCAUCGGUGAUACUGUGUGGCAUCUCGAGGGCUGUACAUUGCAAGCGAUCCUCCACAAGUCGACAAAGCUAUCGGAGCAGGACGGCGUAGACGUGUACCAUCUCGUGGGUCAUGCAUAUGUGGAUUCGAUUGUGGCCAGCGGAAGGUGGUUAGCCAGGAAGAAUAAGAGUCGACUGGUCCACCUUUACUGA